AUGAAAGUAGAAACCGGAAUAGCAUAUGCAACAAACCGAAGCCAAAGCCAAACAGAAAGGCAUCAAAACAACUCGAGGCAACUUACUACAAGAAGGGUAUCAUUCAGCCAUGCAAAUACUCCAUCAAUUGACAGAACCUCAAGCGUACGAAGGGACAUGUCUCUCUCUCUUAAAAAGCCACCUACACCACCUCCUCUUUGCUCUGUUUGCAAGCAUAGUGUUCCUGUAUUAGGGAGAUCACCACGAAGGUUUAGCCAUGAAGAGAUUGAGAGAGCAACGGAUGGAUUCUCAAGAAGAAAUUUCUUGGCAGAGGGUGGAUAUGGUGAGGUAUACAGAGGCGUUUUGAGUGAUGGACAGGUUGUGGCUGUGAAGCAACGAAAGAUUGCUAGUGCACAAGGUGCAGCUGAGUUUUGUUCUGAGGUUGAAGUGUUAAGUUGUGCGCAACAUAAGAAUCUUGUCAUGUUGAUUGGUUAUUGUAUUGAGAAGGAAUGGUUGCUUGUGUACGAGUUUGCUUGUAAUGGAUCUUUAGACAAACACCUAUAUGGAUCAGAGGAAAGUGAGGUCAUGACUUGGGAGAAGAGAAUGAAGGUUGCAUGUGGUGCUGCAAGAGCAUUGAGAUAUCUUCAUGAAGAUUGUCGUGUUGGGUGCAUAAUUCAUCGAGACUUUAGGCCUAAUAAUAUUCUCUUAACCCAUGAUUUUAAGCCAAUGGUUGGAGACUUUGGAUUGGCUCGAUGGCAAGUAGAUGGAGAGUUAGAGGAAGAAACACGCGUUGUUGGUGCAUUCGGUUAUUUGGCUCCCGAGUAUACACAGACCGGUUUGAUUACCGAGAAAGCUGAUGUAUAUGCCUUUGGAGUCGUCCUUUUAGAGAUCCUAACCGGCAUUAAGGCUAUAGAAUUCUCAAGAACCUCUAGGCAGCAAUAUUUUCCUGAAUGGGGUCGAGGUUUAUUUGCAGAGGGAAAGGUAUGCAUGGAAAUGAUCGAUCCAAAGUUAGGGAACAUGUAUGAUGUAAAAGAAGUAGAAUACAUGAUACAUGCAGCAUGUUUAUGUAUAUCAUCUCAACCCGAACAAAGGCCAAGGAUGUCUAAGGUAUUGAGAAUCCUGGAAGGUAAUUUUCUUGUUGAAAAGCUUGAUAAUAGUCAAGAACAAUCUACCAACAUCUUCCUAAAACCAAGUUUAGAAAGCCAUAAUUCAAGCACAGAUAGACUAUCAAUGAAGCAAGAAAAAGGUCAAUAUCAGAAGCCAACACGCCCUUUAACAAAACUAAGUUCAAUUGCACUCAGAUUGGAAAAUCAACAAGAUACGAUAUCUAAACCAACAACAUCUCCACAAAAGCAUGUGACCAGUGAUGAAUAUCAAGAAUACUUGCAAGGGUCAUUCCAGAAACAUAUCCAGAGGUUGAACAUGAAGUUAUAAAAGUGUAAAAUGUUAUUUAAUUGACC